UUCUUUAAGGUUAUGUUUACUACAUUAUUACAUAACUCGGCAUACUUCAAUUUCGUUUACAAUUGCUACAUUUAUACCCAUACCUACUAAGUUCACCAGCGCCAUUCUGGAAAAUUUUUGAACUGUUAUUUUCAAAAAACGCUGGACACUUUUUCACAUUUUCUUCUAUAAGUGAUGUUACUCCUUACCUAUACCCUCCAUAGUUAGAUACAAGAGUUAGGUUAGACCCGUUAGGAUAAUGUUUGUUAUUUUCAAUAUUAUUCUAGAAUUUCAAAUGUAAUCCUUUAAAAUAUUUAGGAAACAAGAGUUAGGUUAAACCACUUUCAUAAUUAUGUAGACAUAUAUGCCUCCCAGCAUCAUUCCGUUUAGUUACAAGUGUGUUUACUUCAAACCGAUCUGUAGGGAAUGCGAGUUGUUAAUCGCAAAGUAGGUCGUAACGCACCAAGAUCGACUUAUAAAGAGGGCUUCGGUAAAGCGAUAAGUCAGGUGCAUUCAGGUCUCGUCGGUUUUGUCUCUUUCUUUCUUUCUUUCAACUGAUUACUUUACAUCCGUCUUCUUUUCUUCGACGUCUUUGUCGACGUUGACCGACGACCGGACGCGGACCCUCGUCGUGAGCAGACAAUUUCACUCACUUGGGAUCAGGAUGCGGUGGAUCGGUUACGUGGCCACAAUUCUCUGGUGGUCGGGCAUCGCCAGGUCUCUCAGCACGCUAAAUCGAGGUCACAGUUACAAGAUCAGUCCGAAGCCUUGCAAAGUGCCCAGUCCAGGUGGCCACGAGGGUACUUGCAUGUUCGUCUGGGAGUGUAUCAAAUCGGAAGGCACGCACGUAGGUGUGUGCGUCGACACAUUCAUGUUCGGUAGCUGUUGCGUACACAAUUCUACGGUUAACUCUAUAGUCUCGCAAGGACAUCAGUUACAUCAACAGGAACAAGAUCAUCGUCACGAGGAACAAGGAGAUCUGCAACAGCAACAGCAACAACAUCAUCAUCAUCAUCAUCUUUAUCAUGAAUCGAAUACUCUCAGGCCAAUACUAACGGAAGUAUUGGGAAGUGAAACGACUAGGUUUACCGUGACCUCUCAUACCAACUUCCCGGUCUCGAGUACUUCCAGGCCAAGUGCAGUUUAUCAACAAUCAUCUUCUCAUACUGGAUUACACGCUUCACCGAGACCAUUUAAAACACCUUCGAGUAACGUUGCUCGACCUUUACAAAAAAGACCCCACGCAAAACCAACGUCAGAACAUACUGACAGAUUUCAAACUUCCGUCCUACCUGCUGGAUCCUCUUCAUCUUCAUCUUCUUCUUCUUCUUCUUCUGCUGCUUCUUCUUAUUGGUCCGACAAUUCUCAGGGUACCAAAAAACCAAACUUCCAUGAAUCACAAUUGCCUCAACAAAAGAUCAGGCCAGAUGUCAACGCGGAAGAUAAAGUUGAUCUGCAAUUUCAAGGACAUUCAAAUUAUCAGGGCUUUAAGGAUAAAGUGGGAAGUUCGCCUAAUACAUUGGUGAUACGCUUACCUGGAAAGGAACAUGCGUCGAAUGAUGGACAAUCGAAGAGGCCUAACUGGCCGAACAACCAAAGACCCUCGGAGUCGAGACCAGAUGACGACAAAGUUGAGGAUGCUGAUCUCAGUGUACAGGAAACGAUACAUCGACCAUACGUCAAUUCUGUUAAUGAAAAUGAACCUGUGAAAAAUCAGCAUUCCAAUAUAAACCUCAUACACACCGAACGACCGCAAUGGGCCACAAAACCAGCUACCCUGAAACCAUUGACGGAUUUCUCCAAACCGUAUUUCUCAAUCAAGACGACAACAUUUCGACCAGUUUCUUUGAGCAGUCAAACCGAUGCGAGACCGAGUUUCAUCCUGAAACCCAAUAACUCAGACGUGUCCCUAAAAACAACCACACCACCAAGACCUACGUACUUCAAUAGUCAACCAACCAGCGCAGCCGGAUCCGUACCACAAACCUCUCACUGGCAAGUUACCACAGAGCCGGCGUUUGUAACGAAGCAAAGACCUUCGUCAUCGUCUUCGUCAACCUCGUCGUUGUUCUCAUCCUCAUCCUCCAUCUCCUCCACCUCUUCCUCCUCUGCCACCACCGCUAGCUCGUCAACCUUCACUUCAUCAGCAAAACCAUCAACAACGUUUGAAACUACCAGACCUUUCAGUGCUAGUUCUUAUUUUUGGUCAGAAAACAGCUGGACUCCACCCAGGCCGUCAUUGAAACCACACUGGACCGAUAAUCCUAGUUUGAUGCAAAACGGACCUGAAAGUUUUCCUCAUCAUUCGAGUUUCAAGCCUACCGAGUCACAAGAAAAUACCGAAUACCACAAACCCGUGGGUUCGGCGCACUACAUAACAACGUCCCACUUUGAAACCUCAACGAGAACGAGACCAACGAAGAAGACCACAACGUCGACCACUAGCACAACAUCAACGACUACCACUAGCACAACUACUACUACCACCACCACAAGUACAACUACGACUACUACGGAAAAACCAUCUACUACUACUACUACUACGAGUGCAACAACAUCUACUUCAAAGUCUACGGAAUCGAUGUUAAAAUCAACAACUCCGGAGGCUAUUACGAAGACAGGAACGAUGAUGACGGUAUCAGCUGUAGCCGACAAUAAGGGCACGCAAUGCGGUGUCCCACCACUUUUCCCACUUCCCGAAACCAGGAUCGUUGGUGGCAAGGAUGCACCGUUCGGUCGAUGGCCUUGGCAGGUGUCGGUUAGGCGUACGUCCUUCUUUGGUUUUUCAAGUACUCAUCGUUGCGGUGGUGCGGUACUCAAUGAAAAUUGGAUCGCUACUGCGGGUCAUUGUGUCGAUGACUUGCUGACGUCACAAAUUCGAAUACGCGUCGGGGAAUAUGAUUUCUCAUCGGUCCAAGAACGUUUGCCUUACGUCGAACGUGGAGUUGCCAAGAAAGUGGUACACCCGAAAUACAAUUUCUUUACUUACGAAUACGAUCUUGCAUUGGUCAGAUUGGAAAGUUCAUUGACUUUCGCACCCCACAUAUCGCCAAUAUGCCUGCCAGCUACCGACGAUCUUCUUAUAGGAGAAAACGCGACCGUCACUGGAUGGGGAAGAUUGAGCGAAGGUGGAACUUUACCUUCCGUGCUUCAAGAGGUUUCUGUGCCGAUCGUUAGCAACGACAGGUGUAAGUCGAUGUUCCUCAGGGCGGGAAGACACGAAUUUAUACCGGACAUAUUCUUGUGUGCCGGUUACGAGACUGGAGGACAGGAUUCUUGUCAGGGCGACUCAGGUGGUCCUCUUCAAGUACGUGGUAAAGAUGGUAGAUAUUUUCUAGCUGGCAUAAUCUCAUGGGGUAUAGGAUGUGCCGAAGCCAAUUUACCAGGCGUCUGUACUAGAAUAUCCAAGUUUGUACCUUGGAUUUUAAAAAACGUGACAUGACGUCUCUAACUUAUCUUAUAAGAACGUCGAUUUUUUAUUUUGUUUUUUAUUUCAAAGACAAAUCUCUUCAACGUCAACGGUUCCUAAUCGUCGAUGCAUCGAUAAAUGAUAAAUGAUGAUGAUCAUACUGAUGCACGCGAAAUGCAAAUAUCAAUUAACGUGUUAUCCUUCUCGAUCGUGGAAGAGAGUUAAAACAAAAAUUCAUUUCACUCAUUGUAAAAAAUGAAAAUGAAAAUGUUAUUAUUGAUUUUGCAAUAUUAGGAAAUCCGAAAUCUCAUAUUCGUAUACGAAAAAUAAAAACUGAUGUUAACGAUGAAAAUAUAUAUCAUCGUGAUAAAAAUACACGUCGUUGUAUAUUACGUGAUCUAGUUUAUCAAUGAUUACGUUGUGUCGUUUUCAUGACGUCGUCCUUUUUAAUCGAAUAUCACCAGAAAUAUAAAAUAACGAGUUGCAAGUUUGGUGUCAGGAACAAAACAUAAAAAAAAAAAA